GGUAUUUUGUUGUGAAAUACGCUGCCCGCAUCGCUCGACAAUUCCAUCCGUUUCUGUAAAUGCUAUCGUAAUGAAACGAGUGAGAAUAAACAGCAAUCUUAAUGUACAUGAAUUGGCCACACUUAGUUUCAUAAUUCAAAUAAUUUUUCGAAUGAAUAAUUAUUAUUAUUAUACUAAACAAUUAUCAAGAACGUGGAGUCAUUUAUUAUUGUGAAGCAAGAAAUAUUUGCACCUCUGAGUAUUAUUAUCAACACUAUGGACUAGGGUCUUAAAUUCCACGCAUGCGUUAAACACGUAAUUUGAUUUAUGUGAGUGGGAGACAUUUUCCAUAUAAAUCCAGGAAGGCCUAAAAGUCCUUAAAACCUAUUCAAAUGCCAAGCUCAAGAAUGGAUAUUUAUAUAACAAAGGGAAUUACCAACCCCAACUAUCCUGGAUUUCAAAAAUUUGCGCAUACCCUCUCUGAUGACUACAUCGAGUACUCUGACAUGGAAUGUAAUGAAAGUGAUUUAACGGAUAGUGACAGAGAAGAUGACCAAAAUACGUAUCAAAAUAAGGUUGUCAACCCAACAGGUUUGGAAACGUUCACAAAUUCCGAAGUUUUGAUUUCAAAUGACUGUGAAAAUGGAAACACAUACUCAUUAGAAGAAACUAGAAACAGAUCGUCAUCCUCCAAUAUACCCGAUAUUGUAAAUAAGAACUAUAAUGCCAAUUCGGAAAACUCAAUGCGCACUUUAAAUAAACCAGACCUUAUUUAUAACCUAAGUCAGAAUUAUGCGACCAAUCCAGACUUUUCCUCCUGGUCGUGUACAAUUAAUUCUAAAUAUGAGAGCCAACUGCAAGGACAAAGUCCGAUUGAUAUCGUUGGAGAUUUCGGUGGAGAAGUGGAGCGUGAAUUUGAACUACUUAUCACUGGAUAUAAAAACAAGAAAGCUCAGGAUGGGUUACAGGGAUCAAAUUUGAUAAAGAUUUGCGAUGCAGAACUAUCAAAUGGAACAGAAGCUUUAAAGCAUACCCAUUCAACGCGAAUUUCAGGAAACACCAUUAGGAAGAAUAAAAAGAAAAAUACACCUUAUGGGUAUGAGUUAAUAAAAACUAAGCAUCAAAAACCGUCACAUGAUGAGCGACAACUACCACCGGACACUUUCGACUAUAAAACGUAUAGCCAACGAAAAUAUAUAAUUUGUAAUUCUGAAAGUUUUUCGGCAGCUGAAGAAAAGAACAAAAAUGAAGUGCAGAGAAUCAAUCACAGUGAAAUGCCUAGUUUGGGAAAUUUGGAAAUCGGUCAAAGCCAGGAACAUCGUGAGGAAGACAAUAAAAAGGUUGCAAACAGAAGGUAUUUAAAUCAGUCGUGCUGGUCUCAAUAUUUGGAAGAUCCCAUAAAGUAUUCCAAAAACCGAUCUUCUACUAUGGUUUUAGAACAAUUUGAUGCAUACAAGGUAGCUAAUGAUAUGGACGUGGAAACGUUACAAAACCAUUAUAAAAAAGUUAAACAAAUAGAAAAAAAGCGUCGCUUCAAUCGAGAUGAAAUACGUAAAAGGUUGGCAAUCGGAGAUAAAGAUCCUUUAAAUAAUGAAAUAAGAAAAGAGGAAUUUUUAACUGGUUCCGACAAUGAAAGUUAUAGUUCUGAUUCUGAAACAUGUCCCAAACUAUCAAGUGGUGUACAACGCAAGCAAUCUGAUUUUUGUGAAACUAAACGCAAUAAGGAAUUUGAAAACGAUAAAAUAUUUCAAAAGAACCAAAUAAACCAAGAAAGAAUGAUGAAUCAUACGAUUAAUGGAAACACUGUUCAAAAAACAGAUUUUGAAUCAAAUGAAAAUUUGUUUUUCUUUGCGAACCAAUCAAAGCUCCAAAUAGAGGUUAGAAUAGCUCUAGCUCAAUCUAAAGAAAUAGCACAGAUGAAAGUUAAGGCGAAGAAACAUGGCGUCACACCUAUUGUGGAUGUAAUUCGUUCAAUGUUGUGUGAUGUUGGUGUAAAAAUGGAUUCAAAUCAUCGAUGGAUAUCAAGACAGUUGCUCACUGGAAUUCAAGUUCCGAUUCUACAAAUAUUGGUUAAUAAUCUCCAGGAGUAUAUUGAAAACUUAAAUGUUACUCUACUAGAAAGCCUUAAGGAAAGAGAUGAUUUAAAUUCGGACCAAGAUGACAUAUUAAACGAUUUAGAAAAAAUAAAUAAUUUCUUUGUUUUUCAACAGCAAUCUGGACAGCAAGUCAAUAAAAUAGUUAAACACGAACUUCUUGAUUAAACUCUUGCAUAUUUGUUGCAUAUUUAUUAAAAACUUAUUUAAAUAUAUUAUAUUCACUUGUAUAAUUGAUACCAAUCUACCGAGACCGUUUAUAAAACACAUACUCAACAAAUGUUCUUUAAACACUGUUAUAUUUAUGUAAUCAUUUAAUGCUAUAUAAAUAAAAGAUAAACCAUAUUAUUUAUAUAUAAUAUCAAAAAAGAAUGGUGCUUAUGUUUUGUAAAUAGCUCAUUCUGUGGUAUUUUUUAUCUUAAUACAUUCCGGCUGUAGGCAUUGAUAAUAUCUAAUAUAGUAUCAAUCCUGUAAAUAAUAUAUUUAUAUUUUUGUAUCUCAUUU